AUGGCCUUCGUCAGGAGGGAGAUGGACCCGUCGAAGGGGCGUGUAUCCGGCGCUGAGAGCACGCCAGGAAUCACGGGCGCUGUCAACGCGACACCCCACGCCCUCGUCGCCGCCCUCGUCCCCGUCGCCGCCUCGUCCCCGUCGCCGCCUCGUCCCCGUCGCCGCCUCGUCCCCGUCGCCGCCCUCGUCCCCGUCGCCGCCUCGUCCCCGUCGCCGCCUCGUCCCCGUCGCCGCCUCGUCCCCGUCGCCGCCUCGUCCCCGUCGCCGCCUCGUCCCCGUCGCCGCCUCGUCCCCGUCGCCGCCCUCGUCCCCGUCGCCGCCUCAGCCCCGUCGCCGCCCUCGUCCCCGUCGCCGCCCUCGUCCCCGUCGCCGCCUCGUCCCCGUCGCCGCCUCGUCCCCGUCGCCGCCCUCGUCCCCGUGGCCCCCUCAGCCCCGUCGCCGCCCUCGUCCCCGUCGCCGCCCUCGUCCCCGUCGCCGCCUCGUCCCCGUCGCCGCCUCGUCCCCGUCGCCGCCCUCGUCCCCGUCGCCGCCUCGUCCCCGUCGCCGCCUCGUCCCCGUCGCCGCCCUCGUCCCCGUCGCCGCCCUCGUCCCCGUCGCCGCCUCGUCCCCGUCGCCGCCUCGUCCCCGUCGCCGCCCUCGUCCCCGUGGCACCCUCGUCCCCGUCGCCGCCUCGUCCCCGUCGCCGCCUCGUCCCCGUCGCCGCCCUCGUCCCCGUCGCCGCCCUCGUCCCCGUCGCCGCCUCGUCCCCGUCGCCGCCUCGUCCCCGUCGCCGCCCUCGUCCCCGUGGCACCCUCAGCCCCGUCGCCGCCCUCGUCCCCGUCGCCGCCCUCGUCCCCGUCGCCGCCUCGUCCCCGUCGCCGCCUCGUCCCCGUCGCCGCCCUCGUCCCCGUCGCCGCCUCGUCCCCGUCGCCGCCUCGUCCCCGUCGCCGCCUCGUCCCCGUCGCCGCCCUCGUCCCCGUCGCCGCCCCUCGUCCCCGUCGCCGCCUCGUCCCCGUCGCCGCCUCGUCCCCGUCGCCGCCCUCGUCCCCGUCGCCGCCUCGUCCCCGUCGCCGCCCUCGUCCCCGUGGCACCCUCAGCCCCGUCGCCGCCCUCAGCCCCGUCGCCGCCCUCGUCCCCGUCGCCGCCCUCGUCCCCGUGGCGCCCUCGUCGCCGCCCUCGUCGCCCUCCGUGCCGCCCGCGCAGUCGUGUCGAUGUGUUCGCGAUGAUGUUCUUGAUCAGAGAUUGGUUGAGAUGGUGCUUGUGAUAUUUAUGGCUCGUGUCAGUUAUAGCUUCACGCCCGUUUUUCACGCCCUCAGUCUCACGCCCGUUCUAUCACGCCCACAGUCUUCCUGUCUGCGUUAUCCGUCUAACACCUGCACUAUUCACGCGGACGACAAAUGGGCAAAAACAAUAUUUGUUGAUGUAGAAACAACCCACAGGUGCGAGAACGUCAGUUUUAUAGUAAAUCUAGGAUAUAGUACAAGUGGAUCUCCCAAUGCAUCAGAUGAAAUGAAAUAUUGCAUAGUUCCUUAUACCUCAUGUUUAACUUCAGUGCCACCCAUAGGAAGAUUUGCUAUCUAUCUCUAUGUUGAUCGUAGUGCGUUAUGGUACAGCUUUCUGGCCUCUGAGUCUUUGAAAGAAUUUAAUAUCCGUAGAGCACUGAGAAUCACAGAAAACUACUCCUGA